AUGCCGUUUGUUGUUGUGUGCGGAAUUCCUUCAGCUGGUAAGACGACAGUGGCCACAGCAUUAGUUAACCAUCUACGGCGUCAAGUUCCAGAGCAAGACGUUGUAUACAUCUCGCUAGCGGACAUCAAUGUUGGCAAGACAUGGGGUUACGUUGAUAGUAAGUCAGAAAAAAGCACGCGGAGUGCAUUAAAAGCCGCAGUGGAAAAGGUAGUGAACACCAAGACUAUCGUCGUGCUUGAUGCGCUAAAUUAUACAAAGGGAGAACGAUACGAGCUCUUUUGCAAGGCGAAAGAGGAAAGCACGACAUAUUGCGUGGUGUAUGUGGACACGCCAGUACAAUUAGCUUUAAAGCGUAAUGCGGCUGCAGAGAUAAGCUUUGACUCAAAGCUGUUGCAGGAGUUAGCGGCUCGAUUUGAAGUUCCAGUCGAAAAAAAUCGAUGGGACAGUCCGCUCUUUCGACUGACUCCUAACGACUUUACUGCGGAUGGCAAUGGGAUACCUCUAGACACAAUUACUGAGGCAAUACGCUUUGGUAAAACUGUCAAAGCAGGGCUUGCCACCAAAGCUGCACCUGUAGUCGAGACAAACUUCCUUCAGGCUUUAGAUGAAACUACGAAUGCUAUUGUUGAGAUAGUAUUGGCUCGCCAACAAGACGCUGGAGUGGCUGACGGCGUGCGACUCCCACUGCAUAGCGUCAAACAAGAGCUUCGACUCACUCGUUCAUUAUCGAUGGCAGAGGCUUGUCGCUAUCGCCGCCAAUUUAUCAAGAUCACUCGCUCACGCCCUUGUGCAAUUGACGCAAUAGGAGAUUUCUUCAUUGAUUACCUCAAUCAACAGACAUAG